GGUCUGUGGUUGCUUCGAUUGGGAGGUCCUGGUGGUCAGACCGUCCGGAAGUAGUAUUGGGGGCUACAAGCAGCUCUUAGGUUGGAGCAUGGGAAGAUUUUCCCUUGGGAGACCAAGAUGACACAGCGGCUCCUCAAGUCCCAGUUCGAGUACCACGCCAGGGACAAAAAGCUCGGGAAGAUCCACAGAGCGGCCAGCAAGGGGGACGUGCUGACAAUCCACCACCUCUUGGAGGUGCAGGCAAGCGGAGUUAACGACAGAGACAGGAGCAACAGAACCGCUCUGCAUCUGGCUUGUGCCAAAGGACAUGUAGAAGUUGUCAAUUUCCUCAUAGGAAGACAAUGCCUGAUUGAUGCCAUUGACAAUGCAGACAUGACACCUCUGAUGAAGGCCACACAGUGUAAUCAAGAGAAAUGUGCAAUCAUCCUACUAGAGCAUGGCGCUGACCCAAAUCAUACUGACAGGAAUGGCAACACUGCCCUCCACUAUGCCAUCUAUAAUGAGAACACAGGAAUAGCAAAGCAGCUUAUUCAACACAACGCAGAUAUCAAACUCAGAAAUAAGGAUGACCUCACACCGCUUUUAGUUGCUAUCUGUGCAAAAAGAGAGAACACAGUGGAUUUUUUAGUUAAGAAUAAUGACAUUUUUCAUGCGCUGGAUAAUAUGGAUAGGUUUUGCAACAAAUUUGGACAUGUGGAUCAUUUGAUUGCACCUGGUGUGGAAGACUUCAAUUUAUUUACAAUGAAAGAACCAUCAACUUCAUCAGAUGUAAAGAAUAAAAAUGAUACUGCUGGCAUUCAAAGUGCAAAAAAAGAACAAGCAAAUAAAGAUGGAAUAAAUUGUACUGAUGAAUUUUGCAAUUAUACAAAUGCAGUGUCUACCUUAAGAGUAGAAGAAAAAAUUGUAGAAUCAUCUUCAGAUUCUAAGAGUAUUUCUCAAAGUCCUCUUCAGAAAAAUGAUGAUCAAGCUGGAACUGCAGAGGAAAGAGAGAUGUGCAGAAAUCAACCACUAACAAACAGUAAUAAGAAAGAAAAAGCACCAUGGGCCAUGUCAAAACAGUCAUUCCACAGGAGUUUCAGAACUAGUAAACAUAAUACCGUGGUACCUGAAUUAGAGCAUGUCAGUUCUCCAACACACAAUGACACAGAAUUAACAAUAAAGAAAGGACAAACCCUGCUUGAAAGAACUGAAUGUAUCCAGCCACAGAACAGGAAGGAGCCAUCCUUGCAAAGUUCAGACAAAGAACCUCCUGGACAGAAAAAAUAACAGAUCAUGGCAUAAUGAUUUUACUCUUAAUGACCAAGAAUGGGCACAAUGCCUGAAGUGAGACAGCCAUCACCGUUGAUCUAUCUUAUACUGUUAUCAAACAAAAUUAAAGUGUAAAAUCAAGUUCCUGGUAAAUGUAAGA